CCCUCCGGCAGCUAGGUUGCAGCGGCCCCUCCUGGAAUCCGGCGCAACCUCGGUGGCGUGAGCCUUGUCGGAACCAGGAAGCGAGCUGCUGCCAGGGCUGGGGCGACGGGCGGCAAGCAGGCAAGUUCCCCUUCGGAUUCCCUGCCUCGUCCUCGUUUCUGAUUUCCAGGCGGAGCAGAUCAGUUAACGGUGCCGUCUGACAGAAGAGGAAGGGUUGCCAACUUUCCUGCCCGGCAAGGAUGACGGUGACAAUUUUUGCAAACUGCGCAUUCUUCGUGAAAGUGAAAAAAUUAUCUGUUCUGGAAAAGAGCAGACUGAAUGGCUGCAUUAAAGAAAAUGGUGGGCAGAUUAAAUUUGUGUUAAAUCAUGAGUGUACUCAUGUGGUCACUGACGACGCUAACUCACUCAGCUCCAUUCAUCUGAAAGCCAUCAAGAAAUAUCAGCUGCCCAUUGUAGGUGCUGAUUUCAUAUGGAACUCGGUUAAAGAAAGAAGACUUUUACAGGCUGAUGAAUACGAAGCCCAGCAGUCAUGGACACACAUACCUGAUAGGGGAAAUUCUCACAGACUAGAGUCCUCCUCGGCAGACAAGUUGCUGUCGGAACAUUUCUUUGGAGUUUACGGAGAUGACCACCUAGAAAAGAGGACUCCUGGAAAGAAUGAAUGGGACAGCAGCAAGGCCCAUGACAACAGCAAUGUGGGUGAGCUGAGAUGGUUUUCAAAUAAUGAUGAAAAUGUUCCUUAUUUCCCUGAAGACUUUGUGGUUGCAAAGUAUGAUGUCCUUGAACAGGUUACGGCACCUGGCAGGUAUGUGGUGGUUGAACUUCAGUGCUCUCGGCAGCACUGUGAUUAUCCUUUCUGCAUAAGUGCAUGCUACAGUCAAUUGGAUGGGAAAGAGUUCCAGAAACGAUUUAUACCAACAAAGACUUCUGAAGAGGCUAGAAGAGUCUAUGAAUUUUGUACUGAAAAUAUGAAAAACGAGAAUUACCAGUUCAAAGAAGAUGUUCCCCAUGAAGUGGAAUAUCUAGCUUCAGAAAAGCUGCAAGAGGUGCUUAUAGCAGAAGCCACGAAUUCCAGCUCUUUGCCUGAAACAGUCAGCAAGUUUGUGGAACUGAUCUGGAUUGAAGCACUUGGACACCUGACUCCGCUGCUGGCUAAACCAGUAACCGACCUCAGCCUCAACGAUGUGAGCAGAGCAGAAGGUAUUUUACUCCGAGCAAGGAAGGCACUGGAUGAAAUGGAAUCUCCGAAAGAGAAAAUGGAGAUAAUGUCAGAGUUUUAUAAAAUCAUACCUCACAAAAGCGGGCUGUCUUAUGACGUAACCAGAAAGUUGUUAUCUACCAAGCACAGUCUCUGUCAGCUAAUCAGGGACAUGCUGAAUGUUCAUGAAACAAACAUGUCAAUUCCUAACCCACCGUCCCUUUCCAAGUACCGAGCUCUGAGAUGCAGGAUAUGUCCUGUCUUUGGAGAAGAGUUUCGGGAUAUUGAAGAAAGGAUGGACCAAUAUACUGGUGAACAUCUCGCAAAUGUUUUGGAGAUCUAUAGAGUAGGCAGAAUGACGGAAGUAGCGGCUUUCGAGAGCCAUCUUGGCAACGUCCAGUCUUUAUACCACUCUUCAUCUGUUCACAACUUCGUUGGAAUCCUCUCUCGGGGACUGCUCUUGCCAAAGAUUGUAGUUGAAGAACAUGGCGUGGAAAGAACGGAUUGUGGGCACUUGGGCAGUGGCAUCUAUUUCAGCGACUCCGUAAGUGCAUGCAUCAACUACUCUUGGCCAAACAGAACAGAUGGAACCCGGUUGCUGCUGAUUUGCGAUGUAGCCCUUGGAAAGUGUUUUGAGACAGGUCACAUGGACAGUUCGUUAACCGCAGCACCGCCAGGCUAUGACAGCGUGCAUGGACUCGCCAGGAAAAAGGGGAAACUGAGAAAGGGAAGGGACUUCAAGGAUGACGAAUUUGUGGUGUACAGAGCUAGUCAGGUCAAAAUAAAAUAUGUGGUUAAGUUUUCCCUCACCGGUGACAAAGUGAAGGAGUUCCAUCCUGAAAUUCAAGAAGUGCCACCUUCCCUAGAGCAUCAGCCACAGCCUGAAGAUUAUAAAAUGCCAAGUAAAAAUCUGCUGAAUAAUGUCACUGCCGGUCUUCUGGACAGAUCUGGAAACCCAAUUCCUCUCAAAGACCUUCAUAUCAAGGGAUGCAUAGUAGACUUCGUAGCAGAGGUUGUGGUGUUCCAGGUCUAUGAAAAUCAAUCAGACAGCCCCAUUGAAGCGAAAUACGUAUUUCCCUUGGACGACACAGCCGCUGUAUGUGGAUUUGAGGCUUUCAUUAAAGGGAAGCAUAUAAUAGGAAAGGUUAAGGAAAAGGAAAAGGCUCACAGAGAAUACAGAGAAGCCAUCAGUCAAGGACACGGAGCUUACUUGAUGGAUCAAGAUGCACCUGACAUCUUCACUGUUUCUGUGGGAAACUUGCCUCCUUCAACCAAAGUCCUCAUCAAAAUCACCUACAUCACGGAGCUCAGUUAUGAGAAUGAAUGCCUUGCCUUCCACUUGCCAGCUGCUGUGGCGCCUUGGCAACAAGACAAGGCGCUGAAUGAGAACACACAGGACUCGGUAAGGAAAGUUUCCAUUAGGCAAGUUGGAACAAAACCAGGUGGGUUCUCUUUGGAAAUGUCAGUUGAAAUGCCCUUUGAAAUUAAACAUAUUAGCAGCUGGACACAUCAGCUUGAAAUAAAGAAAACUGACUGUAACGCUGUGGUUCGGACUGUUGACAACAGUUUCUUGGACACUAGUGGCUUUGCAAUGGAAAUCCUUAUCGGUGAUGUUCAUUUGCCCAGAAUGUGGGUAGAAAAGGACCCGGGCAAUGAGACUGAGGCGUGCAUGCUUGUGUUUCAACCGGAGUUUGAAUCGCCACUUGACCCUCUAAGCACCAGCGGGGAAACCGUCAUCUGCCUCGAUUGCUCCAAUUCCAUGGGAGGUUCGACAUUCCAGCAAGCCAAGCAGAUUGCACUAUAUGCUCUAGAGUUGUGUAAUUUUACUACUGGAAAUAUAAGCGUUAUCAAAUUCGGCACAAGUUUUGAAGAAUUUCCUUUCAAUCCUGAACCUUACACAGCGGAUCUUGCAGCUCUGAAAAACUUUAUUAUAUCUGCCACAGCUUCAAUGGGAAAUUCCGAUAUAUGGAAGGUUUUGCAUUACCUGAGUUUGCUAUACCCUUCUAAAAGCAGGCGCAACAUUCUUCUUAUAUCUGAUGGACAUAUUCAGAACGAAGGCACAACCUUGCAGAUUUUGAAGAAAAAUACACACCACACUAGAAUAUUCACGUGCGGAGUGGGCCCCGCAGCAAACCGUCACAUGCUGAGAUCUUUAGCCCAGUACGGAGCUGGAGCCUUUGAAUAUUUUGAUGCAAAAUCCAAAUAUAACUGGGAGAGGAAGAUGAAGAGUCAGACAUCAAGAAUGUCUUCUGUGGGGUGCAAUGCCAUUUCCAUCAAAUGGCAGCAGUUUGAUUUUGAUGCACCUGAGCUAAUGUAUGCCCCUGCUCAGAUACAGUCUCUCUUCAAUCAUGACCGACUUCUGAUCUAUGGAUUCAUCUCUCACUGUACUCAGGCCACUUUAAAUGCACUAAUAGACAACAAAGAGCUGCAGACUGUGGUGUCCACAACUGAGCUGCAGAAGACAACGGGCACGAUGCUGCACAAACUUGCAGCAAGAGCCUUCAUUCGAGAUUAUGAACAAGGGAUUCUUGAUGAAGAUGAAACAGAACAUGAGAUGAAGAAGCAGCUGCUGAAGUCCCAAAUCAUUGAGCUCAGUCUGAAGAACUCUAUUGUGACCCAGUUUACAAGUUUUGUGGCAAUAGAGGAAAGGGAUACAAAGGAAGACCAGACUGCUGAUACUCUGGAUGUUUUGGAACUUGUAGCCAUGGUGGAUGUAGACUUCUUACCCUACAUGGAAUAUCAGUCAAAAGGACAGGUGGCUCCUUGCAAGUCCCUAAGUUUUUCAUCAAGCGCCUUCAUCGUUGAGGAGGAGGAGGAAAGAGAACGUGAAGUGGGGAAGGGGACACACUGUGGGAGGAAUUGUGCCCCCAUUCCCAAGAAGUUGCUGUUUGCUCAGGGAGGAAAACUUUUACAGUGGUACCUUGGUUGUCGAAUAGCUUGGCUCCCGAACGCCGCAAACCCGGAAACGAUGCUUGACUUUCAUUUAGCAGAAGAUUUAGGAGUUUAUGAAGAAGUGACUAUUGAGAAGGACGAAAUAGAAUUUGUGAUGAAAAAGAAAAAGAAAAGCAAAAAAAGGGUGAGGGAACUUGAGAAAUCUACUGUUUCCAUGGCUGACCACGUGCCUGAAUGUAUGUCAUUUGCUCCUCUACGGCGGGUAUCAUUUCUUAAGGAACCCAAGAAGGCAGUUCCACUUACUGAGGCAGAAGAUUUGAGUAUGUCACUGCCGUUUCAUAUGGAGGAGGAAUUUACAGGUGGCAUGCCGGCAGGUGACAUGAGCAGUUCUCUUCUCAGUUCUGACUUGAAGUUGAGUGAUACUUCCACACCUGACAUCAUGCCUGAAUUAGCAGAUGAGAUUUCUUCUCCAGUAAACUUAACAACAAAGAAGGUGCCUUCUGCUUUUGUUGCUCACAGCGAGCUUAGAGGUAGCUCCUUGGGCUUCGGUUUUGGAAUCCAAAAUAGUGCUCCGAUAAGCACCCUUCCUCCACCGCCUCCUUGUCCUCUAUCUGGGAACAUCCACACGUUUGGAUCACCUGCAACUGGUCUGUUUGGUCCUGCUUUUGGAUCACCUACUUUUGGAUCACCUGCAGCUGGUCACUUUGGUUCACAGGCAGUCCCCCAAGCUCCGAUAAGCAGUGCUUCACCACUGCCGCCUGUGCCUGGAGGCAUCCCCAACACGUUGGCUUUUGGGUCAUCUGCAGCUGGCCUGUUUUGUUCUACUUCCAGUCCCAGUUUGGAUUCACAGGCAAUUCCCCAAGCUCCAAUAAGUACCGCUGCUGCUGCUGCUCCACCACCUCCUCUGCCUGGAGGCAUCCGCAGCAUGUUUGCUUCGGGAUCACCUGCCACUGGUCCGUUUGGUUCUACUUUUGGAUCACCUGCCACUGGUCCGUUUGGUUCACCGGCAAUCCCCCAAGCCUUUAGCUUGAGGAAAUUUGAUAUGCUUCAACAGAAGGAUCCGUUUCCACCUCCAACGCUUCCAGCUGAAAGAGCGUUUGCUCCUUUUACACUUUCUCCAGUACACCUAAAAGCGUUUGCACAAGGAAUCGCACAGGAGUCAGUCAGCCCUCUUCGCAGAGUGCCAGAAGUGCAGCGCUCAAAGGAACCCCCUGAGGCUUCUCACAAGAUGCACUAUAGCUUGCAGGAGGAUACUCUCAUGAAGAAGUGCAAAAUAAAAAAGCAUCAAUCAUUUCCUGCACAGAAGCCGCAAAGGGUUGUAUCCUGGCCUCAACUCUUUAAACUCCAGAAUCAGGAUGGUUUUUGGCAGCUGAUCCCUGAGCUUGGGACUCUUCUGGAUUUCGAUGUGGAUUAUUUUGUCAACGUUUCACUUGCAAAAAAGGGAAUUAAUUCACUUGGCCCCAAAGGAAAAGAGAAGCUGUUGCGGUUGAUUGCUACACUUCUGGUGCUACAGGUUAUACGUUUCAAGCGACUGGAAGGCCUCGUCUUCAGAUCUUUAACAACACUGAAUGACUCUCCCUCAUCAUGGGCAUUUGAACCUGUAAAGAAAGCAGUUGAAUGGGCAAGGAGAACUGAACGAGAAUUUCCAGCAAUUUGCCAGCGUCUUGAUCUGGGGAAAGACUGGGAUUUUGCCACAAAGAAGCUGCUGCAUAUUGAAGAGAUUGGGAUCGGCAUCACUGUUGUUUCAUAGCUAGUCAGACUAGCAUAAAAAUGGCACCAUCAUCUAUUUGCUUGUCUCUGGUCCAUGGGGUCACGAAGAGUUGGACACGACUAAAUGACUAACCACCAACAACAACAAAUCAUAAUAUGUUGAUUUUAUCUGAUUAAGAUUUUGGUUUUCUAUCUAUGUAUUUAAUCAUGGAACUUUGAUACUCCAGAUUGUAACCAAGAAUAUAAAACACCAAAAAAAUAGUAUAAAUAUUAGGAGCUGUUUUCUCCAUGUUCAUUUUGGGUUGGGGUUCAUUUUGUUUUACGAAAUGAUUUUUUUCUGUUUUAGGAGAUGUUCUUACUAGGAGGCUCAGAAGUAUUUAUCUCAAAAGUUUAGCUGAUGAACCUGGUAGUUAUGGGGAAGUGAAAUAUAAAGACGGACAAGCAAAUGGUGGGGCAAAAGCUUAAACAAGUUUGUGGGCAUGGAAACUGUUUGGAGAUUGACUGCGUAGUAUUUUUUUUAAAAAACAACAACAGGUUUCCACCAGUGUAACAGAUUCAAUGAAAAUGUUCCCAAAUCUUAUUGCCUCUGGUAAUUAAUGCUGGCAAAAGAAUGAAUGCAACAUGGUAGCUAAGUAUAAAGCAGAAAAAGGUUCCUCCAGCCAUAAGCUGAUAAAGUGCUAUCAGAGUGGAUUAAAGAAUGUAUUUGGAUAGUUUGGAUUUAGUUUGGAUUUGUGAAUACUGUCUCUUUAAAAAUUAAUAAGUAAUCAUUAUAGACACAUUAGCCGAACAGUUAUUUUCUGAACUAAAUCAAUACAUCUACCCAGCUACGAGUAUUUUUCUGUGUGAAUAACCAUUUUGAUCAUUUUUCAAAUAUAAUUGCACCUGAUGAAAAUAAACUGCUCUAUUCUGCUCA